GGAGAGAGAAAAAGUCCGGGAAAAAUAACCGGAAGGGGGGCAAAGUUUCCCUUCAGGAAGAGGAGAGACAGCUGAAGUGUUUUCACCGUCUUCAACCUCGACUAUGGAUCUGUCACUAUAAAAAAGAAAAAAAAAAAAUAGAAAAAGAAAAAAGAAAGGAGAAUCCCUCCCCCAAAAAUCGAUGGACUCCUCAAAACCUAAUUCCCCCUCCGAAGUCCCUCGCCCUAACAUCUUCUCUCAAACCCCGACCGCUUCUUUCUCGACCCCCUCAUCGUCCUCCUCCUCCUCCUCCUCCUCCUCUCACAAGGUCAUCUACAGCGAUCGCUUCAUCCCCAGUCGAAUCGGAUCCAACUUCUCCCUCUUCGAUCUCCCCCCUCCUUCUCCUUCCUCCGGCGGCAAAGAGGAAGGCUCCAGCACCUACUGCGCUCUCCUCCGCAGCGUCCUCUUCGGCUCCGGUCACGUGCUCUCCCCGUCGACCCCCGAGAAAUACGCAUCCAUCGGGCCGUCCUCCUCUUCGUCCCCUUUCUCGACGCCCAGCCGGAAUAUUUUCAGAUUCAAGGCCGAGGUUCCGAGGUUCUCGAGCUCGCCGGUGGGCUUCGAGGAUCCUCUGCCUGGGAUUGUGCAUAGCCAGCCUAAGACCCCGAGAAAGAUCUCAAGAUCGCCGUAUAAGGUUUUGGAUGCGCCGGCGUUGCAGGAUGAUUUCUAUUUGAAUCUUGUGGAUUGGUCUUCGCACAAUGUGUUGGCUGUUGGGUUGGGGAAUUGUGUUUAUUUGUGGAAUGCGUGCAGUAGCAAGGUGACGAAGCUCUGCGAUUUGGGUGUGGAUGACAGUGUCUGUUCCGUGGGAUGGGCACAAAGAGGAACUCACUUGGCGGUCGGAACUAAUUUAGGGAAAGUUCAGAUAUGGGAUGCAUCUCGAUGUCGGAGGAUAAGAACUAUGGAGGGCCACCGCCUACGAGUUGGAUCUCUAGCGUGGAGUUCAUCAAUGUUAUCUUCAGGCAGUAGAGAUAAAUCAAUACUUCAACGUGAUAUCCGUGCUCAAGAAGAUUUUGUUAGCAAGCUGACUGGUCACAAGUCAGAGGUUUGCGGGUUGAAGUGGUCCUAUGAUAACCGUGAGCUUGCAUCUGGUGGAAAUGAUAAUAGACUUUUUGUUUGGAAUAAACAUUCAACACAGCCCGUACUGAAGUAUUCCGAGCAUACUGCAGCUGUAAAAGCUAUUGCUUGGUCUCCUCAUUUGCAUGGGCUUCUUGCUUCCGGUGGCGGCACUGCUGACCGAUGUAUUCGUUUCUGGAAUACCACCACAAAUACUCAUCUGAGCUGUAUGGAUACUGGAAGUCAGGUUUGCAAUCUCGUAUGGUCAAAAAAUGUGAAUGAGCUUGUCAGUACCCAUGGCUACUCCCAGAACCAAAUUAUUGUAUGGAGAUACCCAACGAUGUCCAAGCUUGCGACUCUUACCGGUCACACAUUCAGAGUAUUGUAUCUUGCGAUCUCACCUGAUGGGCAGACCAUAGUUACUGGUGCUGGAGACGAGACACUGAGAUUCUGGAAUGUCUUCCCUUCUCCAAAAUUUAAGAGCUCGGACAGUGACAUUGGAUCCUCAUCCUUCGGUAGAACUCAAAUAAGGUGACCUCUGGAAGUAUUAACUAUGGGAAGCUGUCUAAUAAUUAAAGUUAUCACGCUUGGUAUUAUUUAUCAGUUGGCAAGGUUUUUGGUUGCAUUUGCUUCACCAUUGUCAGCAAGAGCAGACAUGCCAUUAUGUUCUGCUGGCUUUCUUCAUCCGCUGGUUAGUAUUUUCCAUAAUGCCAGUUCUUCCACCAAGACAUCUAAAAGAAAAGGGAAAAGGAAAAAAGAAAAAAGGGGGAAAAAAAUGGAAUCUAAGCCACAGAGCAGCACUAUUGUAUAUCGUCCUCUUGUUUAUAAGGUGCAGAUUCUCAUUUAAUUAAUUAGCUGCAUACAUGUACUGGGAACAUGUAACAAGGUGGCGGUACCCUCUCGUGUACCGUUUGAAAGCUUCAGCUUGUUCCUCGUCUCCAAUCACCCGGAAGUUAUUUUGUAUCUAUAUCAAAAUUAGUGCAUGUCUCUUGAUGUUCCAACGCGCUAUACAUUGUUCUUGCUCGAUAUUUAUCUUACUUAUACAGCAAUCAAUACCGGAAUGUUUGAGGCUGA